CAUUAAAGAGUUCAUAUAUGCGUGUAGUUGUUUUGUGCAGUGCUUCAGUAGUUUUAUUCUUAACAAUAAUUUAGCAACUUUAAUCAUGGGUACAUCAGAUCUAGAAUGCUUAGACUCUAAGAGAGAUAUUGUCGGCAUAGAUUCUGAGUCCGACAUGUUGAAUGACCAAAGAAAGAAGAAAAAAAGAAAACAUAAGCACCACAAACACAAGAAGGACAAAUUAAUUGAAAGGGAAGAUGGGAAGAUUGAAAGGCAAGAAAGGAAAAGGCAUAAGAAACAUAAACGACCUAAGAAAGAAAGAGAAGUUGAAAAUGGAUCAGUGGAUGAAAAAUCAUCACGAACAGUUCAAAAGGACGUUGGUGUAAAUGGAAAAGUAAAAAAUUCAUUAUUAGAAGUUGUUUCUACAGAAGAAAGUGAAGACGAAAAAUUAAUAGAUUUAGAUUCAGAUGAGGUAGACUGUACAAUUAUUGAGGAUGAUAUUGACCUUGAGGAAUUAAUGAAACAAAAGGAACGGUUGCAAGCGUGCUUGGUACAGUAUCUCUCUGACGAAUCUGAAAAGGAGGAUAAAGAACCAGAUCGUGAUGAAGUAAAAGCUACUGAAACGCCCGAUGUUAUACUUGUAGAAGAUGAUAGUGAAAAUGACAAUAUACCCCCUAAGAAACGGGCUAGGAGUAAAUCCGGUAGCAGAGAACGGAAAAAAAUAGUAAAACCCGAAAGACGAGUUGUUGUAGAUAUGAGCAGGGAUCGUAGAAAUCGAGAGGAACACAAAGAUAAACGGAGAAACUCGGAUAGAAGAAGAGAAGAUAAAGUACGUACUAAAGAAGAGGUAAGACGGGAUGAAAGCAGAAGAGACGAUAGGCAAGUACGAAAGCCCACUGACAGACAUAGAGAAGAGUCACGCAAAGAAGAUAAUAAAAGAAGGUCAGAAGAUGAUAAGCGUAAAGAAUCUAUUAAGAGGGAUGAAUCGCGUAAAAGAGACCAAGAUAGACGGGAGGAAGAACGGCGAAGAGAUGCAGAUCAUCAUAAUUCCAGAUCUCGUAAUGAUUAUAACAAGUCACUGGAAAAUCGAGAACGACAGAGCAGUCGAGAUCGACACGUGAGUAGGGAUAGGCAUCCUAGCCGAGAUCGUCACGUAAGUCGUGAUCGACAUAUUAGUAGAGAGCGUCAUACAAGUAAAGAUCGACAGACAAGUCAUGAUCGUCGCAGUCGGGAUAGGCCUUCCAGCAGAGACAGACAUAGUCGUGACAAAAGAGACAGCAGGGAACGUCAUGCAAGUCGAGACCGACAUAGGGACGGCCAAAGUAGUCGUGAUCGUAUUGACGUACGUGAUCGUCGUGAUAGUCGAAAUCACGACAGAAUUAGGGAACGUUCAAGAAGUAUUAGAAGAUCUCGCAGCCCCAUUAGGAGUAGACUAGACAGAGAUCGGAACGAUCGGUAUAAAACCUCUAGAUCGUUAUCUAGAAGUAGAAGGGAUAGAGACAAACAUGCCAGAGACCACGAUAGAGAUAGGGAGAAAAAUGGUAAAAGAGAGCGCAGUGAUAAAUACAAGGACUCUUUAUCAGAGGGGUUGAAGGUAGAACAUUCAGAAAGUUCAAGCGAAGAAGAUAUCAAAGAUAUUGAUUUAGAAGAAGAAGAAGAUGAUGAGGCGAUUAUAGAACGUAGAAGGAAACAGAGAGAAGAACUUCUCAAAAGGUUAGGUGGUCCAAACGAAGACUCCAAUAUGUCUGCUGAUAUAAACACUGUUCCUGCUACUCCACCUUCAGAGAGUCAAUCAAAUGUAUCACAAAAGUCAUUAGAAGUCCCAUCCAAUAAUAAUGAAUCCACUUCGGAAAGUCAUACUCCACCACUGCCAGAAAAGCCCAAGUCGCCACAAACAGUUAAAAAAAGAAAAUCGAGGUUUGAUGAUGUGCCACCGGAAGAUAUCGAAAAAAAUGAAGACUCAAAAUCAACGGACAAAGUGAAACCAGAAGAGAAACAGAAUGCAAAAAAAUCAAAUGAAUGGGACAUGUUCGCCGAAGCGGAUAAUAUUGGCGAUUUUAAUAGUCCAACUGUCGAAGGAAAGCGACAAGGCGGUCCGGAUAAUCCAAGUUUAACAGACAACUGGGAUGAUGCAGAAGGAUAUUAUCGGGUUCGAGUCGGAGAAACGUUAGACUCCCGGUAUGCCGUAUAUGGAUAUACUGGUCAAGGUGUAUUUAGUAAUGUUGUAAGGGCUAGAGACAGUGCCAGAGGCAACUUAGACGUUGCAGUAAAAAUAAUAAGGAAUAAUGAAAUAAUGCAUAAGACUGGCCUUAAGGAAUUAGAAAUUCUUAGGAAGCUUAAUGAUGCAGAUCCCGAAGACCGAUUCCAUUGUUUACGACUGUUUAGGCAUUUCUUUCACAAAAAUCAUUUGUGCAUGGUCUUUGAACCUUUAGCUAUGAAUUUAAGAGAGGUUUUGAAAAAGUAUGGCAAAGACGUUGGUUUACAUGUUAAAGCGGUAAGAUCGUAUACGCAGCAACUUUUCCUUGCUCUCAAGUUACUAAAACGUGCAAAUAUUCUACAUGCUGACAUCAAACCAGAUAACAUUCUAGUCAGUGAAAGCAAGCUAGUAUUGAAACUCUGCGAUUUCGGUUCUGCAUCCCAUGCACAUGAGAACGAAAUGACACCGUAUUUGGUAUCAAGGUUUUAUCGGGCACCUGAAAUCAUUCUUGGUAUACCAUAUGAUUUCGGCAUUGACAUGUGGUCCGUGGGAUGCACCAUAUAUGAAUUGUACACGGGAAAAAUAAUGUUCUCGGGCAAAACGAACAACCAAAUGUUGAAGUUCUUCAUGGACCUGAAAGGCAAGAUGCCUAAUAAACUGAUUAGGAAGGGGACGUUCAAGGAUCAACACUUUGACUCUAACUGCAAUUUCCUGUAUCAUGAAGUUGAUAAGGUCACGGAGCGGGAGAAAGUUGUAGUGAUGUCAACAUUGUCUGCUACACGUGACCUUAAUGCCGAAUUGGGUGGAAACUCACUGCCACCAGAGCAAAGUAGAAAAGUUGGACAAUUGAAGGAUCUGUUGGAGCGAACGUUGAUGCUGGAUGCAGGAAAGAGAAUCACUGUGAACCACGCCUUGGCGCAUCCGUUUAUACAAGAAAAGAUAUAGGUAACCCUGCCCGGGGUCCUUCCACAUCGGAGAAUUCACUGACGUAAUUUUGCAAAAACUGUUUGAAAUGACACCGCUUACGAUUCGUUGUAUACUACAAAACAAACUAACCUAUGACGGUGUCUUCUUAUAUAGAAUGUGUCUUGUAUCCGUUUUAGCAGAAAGAGGCGGUGCAAAAUUUCACGAUUCACUCUCGCCCCGUCUAAUUGACAAAGAGUAAAAAACAGUUUGAGAAUAUAUAUACAUAUAUAUAUAUACACACACACACAUAUAUAUAC